AUGAUUGCAACUUACGGAGGCACCCCCGCGUACGACCUCCUGUCGAUUCCGGUUGAUAUCCCGCACGAACUGAUGCUUGGAAUCAAGGAAUUGAACUUCAAGCCGGUCGAAAUUGAGCAGUUAGUGGACAAGUUCUUUCACGACCGUGCGAGUCUUCAAGGCAAAGGUCUGCAGCGAUUCCUGUCGUGUAUCGCGCAACUUACUGGUGGUCACAUUGGCUUCUGCGUGGCAGCGAUCCAGAGAUUAAACGAAAGGUUUCUAUCCGCCCACAAGAGCGACUCGAUGCUUCCGACUGCUGAGACCUGGAUUCGCUCGAUGGAGCAAGCUUUAUCGCACGUAAAUCACGCCACCGGUUACGAUCCAGCGUUUGAAGCUAUCGAUCUCUCAACAGCAGUGUGA